CUGCGGGGCGGGAAGAUGGCGGCGGCCGCCUCGGCGGUGGCGGGCUGGGGUUCGGGCUCGGGCCGCGGCUCCGUCCGCACGAACACCGUACAUGAACCAUCUAAAUCUGCUUCGACCACAGAUCGCCUUUCUGCGUCUUCCUUCAUCGCUUAUCCACCCGACAGACCUUUCCUCAACUGCGACGUGCGACGUUCUCCGGAGAAGCCGACGCUCGCCUAUCCAGAAAGCAACAGCAGAGCUAUAUUUUCUGCUCUGAAGAAACUUCAGGAGAAGAUUCGUCAGUUGGAGCUGGAGCGGAUUCAGGCUGAAGAAAGCGUGAAGACCUUGUCCAGAGAAACGUCUGAAUACAAGAAGGUCCUGGACAAGCAGAUGCGAGAGAGGGAGAAUUCCAAAAUGGAGGAAUCAAAACAGAAUCGAGAACUGGCGUCCCAGUUGUCAGCUGCCAAAACAAAGUGCGGCCUUUUAGAAAAGCAACUGGACUACAUGAGGAACAUGAUAAAGCACGCGGAAAUGGAGAGGACCACAGUCCUGGAGAAGCAGAUUUCAUUUGAAAGAGAGCGGCAACUCGAUCAAACACAAGUUCAGAACAAACUGGAAAAACUGGAUCAUCUUGAACAGGAGUAUAUCAAGCUUACCACAAUGCAGGCCCUCGCCGAGAAAAAAAUGAGAGAGCUAGAAUUGAAGCUCCAGGAAGAAGAGCGGGAAAGGAAGCUGGUGCAGGAGAAAGCUGACGAGUUGCAGACGGGACUAGAAACAAACAGAAUAUUAUUCGAGGAAAAAGCAGCAGCCUCCAAACCAAGGCGAAUAAAGAAAAAGAAGACAAAAACCAAACAGUCGGACAAGAAAUCACCGAGCCAUUUCCUUGUUCAACCACAUUACAGACUGGCACUGGGUGAUAUGCCGUUUGUAGCUGGAAAGUCCACUAGCCCGAGCCAUUCCGUGGGAGCCAACGUCCAGCACGUCUUGCACUUGAUGAAGCACCACAGCAAAGCCCUGUGCAACGACCGGGUGGUCACCGACGUCCUCCUGGAAAAGCAGCUCACCACCACCGGGGCCACCCGCUGCAGUCGGGUCCAGCGCCCGCCUGUCUCGACCGCCUCCUCCGCGUCUCACGAAGAGCUGGCCGAAGUCUUGGAGGCGCUGCAGGACGAGUUCGGCCAGAUGAGCUUUGAUCACCAGCAGCUGGCCAGGCUGAUCCAGGAAGCCCCGACCAUCCUGCUGAAGGAAGACCUGGAGCGGGAACUGGAGGCACUGGUGCGGAGGAUGGAGGCCAAGGCCACCCAGAUCAUGAAAGUGCGGAAGCACCAGAGCUGGGUAGAAAGGCAGCCAAGAACAUUCAAAGCCAAAAAGACAUCUUUUGGGGGUGAACGGAGUAGCAGCCGAAGGCCAGCCGGCGGCACGCCAGAAUGGAAGCACUCCGGCAGCGGCAGCAAAGUGAAACCGGGGGAGAAGAGCAGGAGAAACCUUCAGUUGCUAAGAGACAUGCACGUCAUCCAGACCUCCCUCCAAAAAGACGACCUGUGUUGGGAUUACUGAUCUGGGGGUCCAAGUGGACUUUACCUCCCCAGGUCCCGAGCCGACUCCUAGUUGGGAAAUAAAGGGGCCAGUCAGCAACCUGUCCCGGAGCCGUCGAGACUCGGCUCGGGCGGCGGGCAGAGGCUACCGUAGCCCCCGCUUGCCACAUUUAAACUCACUCCCUGUUGUCUGGAGGUGAGUGACUGUUUUCAAGGUCCCUAGUCCUCGGGUAUUGCUAAAUGCAAAUCAAUCAGAACAAGGCUCAGAAACCUAUCCGUAGCCUCCUCCUCGCCAAGCCAGGUGACCCUCUGCUGGAAGAAAUGUAGGUCUAAACCAUUUGGAGAAGGUGUCCUCUCUGGCUGAGGUCAACUCCACUCCCGUUUUCACGUGCAGCUCUGCCUGCUGAGUUAAAAACAACAGAGAAAUCUUUUCUUUAGGAUAACCCAAACACGACUUUUCAUUGUCCAGGCCACACCAAAUGAAACAGAUGGGGUUUUUUUGUUUUUCUUCCCCACAACUAUCUGAAGCUAUUAUAACACACAACCUUGUAGGGAUAUUUUUUUCACUGGGCCCAAAUCUGUGGAGGAGGACCAGAGACUGAUUUUUAAAUGAUAAAGGGGACAUCCCUGCUGUUUUUAAAUAGUGCCUCUUCCACCUCAUGCACAUUCAGUUUCAACAGAGAGGUUUUCUCUCAGAAUGUUCCCUGGGCAGCUUAGACAUUUGCUUUCAGUAGCCUAUAAAUGCACGUGUGUGAAUUAAAUUGUAUACAAAGAAAAUCUAUUUUAUGUUUGAUGUAAAGAAUUUCCGUAGUUUUUUAAAGGUACAAAACCAUCUUUAAACUUUUUAUACAUGUCCUCGAAGGAGUCAAUAAAGCUUGUUUUAAGGAAAAAGCCAAAA